UGGAGACGGUCGAGUUUUGUUUCCGUGUUAGCUAGGUUAACUUGAUCUCGUCCAAACUCACACAUGCCUGCCAGAGGAAGAACGGUAGUGGGUAACGAUGGAGUGGCCUGGCCGAAGGUAUCCUACAUCGUCCGCUGCAGGGUUAAACCCGUCACCAAAAAGCAGCGAGUAGCCAGGGAAUAUUAUCGCCGGAAGAAAUUCGCCGCCGUCGAGCGUUAUCUGGAUUACAUGGAGACACAAACGCGGACGACCGUCAGACGGCGACGUCAAACUAAGCGUUCGCCACGCCGAUAUACGCCACGCCGAUAUACACCACGCCGAUAUACGCCACGCCGUUUGACGCCACGCCGUUUUACGCCCCGUCGGUCGACGCCACGCCGUGCCACUCCGCGUAAGACGACGCCACGUAAAACCACGCGUACUCGGGAUGCAGAGCGCGAGUCCUCCACGUACCUUGCCCCACCAGCUUCCACGCCAGUCGAACGCACGGUAGCACCAAGCAGUACCCCACCGAAAACCUACACAACAACAGUCUACAUCCCGCCAAAGGGGACUUCAGCACCCCAAACUAAAGAAACUCCAGACAGAUCUUUUCACAUGGGCGCUGGCAAAGACUCCGACGACCCGGAGAAUGAGUAUGACUAAAGUAUUCAAGAACUGGAGCUAUGAAGGAUUUUAAUAGUCUCAGCUGUGCAGAAAAACAACAAUCUUUUAACAACGCACUCACAAAUUGACGUUAAGUAUCAAUAACAUCUCUGUUGAUCUCCGCGAUGUCAUCACUGCGUGAUGUUGACAGACAGGCCCUCGUUAUGAACGCAACCACGCAGGGGUCGCCGUGGUAAUUACAUGAAUGUAAUUAUAAGAGGGCUGCGUCAGUGGGGAAAAUCUGUGCUGCCGUGGGUGUAGAUUGUACUUUAGGUUGUGGUUUGUUUACUCAUCACACUUCUAGAUAGUUACAGGUUAACAUCUUUUGUACUAUCCAAACUUUCGUCUCGAGGUGAACGUCUCACCCAUCGUAACCUCCUUCCUCAUCAUGUGUCGUCGGAUGUCAGCAUUUCCACCUUAGCUGGCUUUCCCAGUAUCAUGAGGCAGGCAUGUUGUGAAUAAAUUAAAAACAAAGCAAAAAAAAAAAAGAAAAAUUGAAUAAUAAAGAAAAAA